AUGCGGAUUCGUCAAGAUGAUUUUUACUUCGAUCAUCUGCGGAUUCGGAGUUGCCACCCCAGCGUCAAUGGCAGCACGUUUCAGGCGCUUGAUAGACGAGAGCUGCAGAUUGCGCUGGAGCAGCUGGAUCGAGUGUUGCCCCCGGAUCUGCCGAUUAUGGUAAAAACAAACUGGGAGGGCGCGCAAAACUACCUCCCACAGAACGUCUCAAACCGGGUCAUCACCUUCUCAUCAGACCUCCGAGUCACUGGGAGAGGGAUUGGGCAGCAGGGAGAGCGCGAGCUGCAAGCUGGGCCAAGACCAUUUCUUUGGUGGCGAAAAGUUUCGCCGUCCAGAUUAGAAUCAGUGGAGCUUUCUAAAAAGGUUCCUGAACAUAGUAUGGGUGGUGAGCUCCCAGCUCCCGGCAAUUUUACAUCCGAGGAGGUUGCGGGUGGCUCCAAUUCAGUCUUGCAACCAGUCAAGCUAUCCAAGAUCCGCUCCUUGGCCGCGGCGCCAUUCUCAGUGACGCUGUAUCUAGAUCUGGACGCAAUGGUCUGCCGGGACCUCUCCUUCCUCUUUGACGUGUUUGAGGAGAGCUCCUUUGAGCUGGCAAUCGCGAGGGAUGCGAGCCGGCCGCACGAUCUCUACGACUUCAACUCGGGCGUGAUUUUGUACAGAAGGACAGCCAGCAUGCAGCGCUUCUUCUCUGCCUGGGAGGAGUACUACUUGUCGUUCUGCGUUGGGAAGGGGUAUAGUAAUCUUGUAACGAUUACGACUGGUUAA